AUGUGGCCGCUGUCAGCCCACUCAUCAGCACCUCCCAUUGGAUUCCUCACGCCACGCCCACCUCGGGGUUUUGGGGUAAGAUUUUGCAGUGACGAAUUGAAGAGUGAGGUAAAGACCGUGACUGCUGGACAAAAUGUGACCCUAAGUUGUCCUCGCCAGACCUCCACUCUCUACCGAGAAACUUUUUAUUGGAUCCGACUUGUUUCUGGAAACUGGCCUGAAUUUCUCGGAGCAACAGUUAAUUUCAAGAUUGACGAUGUUUCCAAGAUUCCUCAUAUUCAGGCCAAAACAGAGGAAAGAAAAUUUCAUCUUCAUAUCAAUGAAACUCAGCGAAAUGACACUGGACUUUACUACUGUGUUAAAGUCAGACAACUUGACUUCACAUUUAUGAAUGGAACAUUUCUGAAAAUUAAAGGUCAGGAAUUGGAUAUGGUCAAUUUUAUUCAGGACCCUCCAUCUGGCUCAUUUAAUGCAGAAAACUCAAACACUCUGCAGUGUUCAGUUCUCUCAGACUCUGAGAGGAAAACAUGUCCAGCAGAUAACAGGGUGUACUGGUUCAAAGCUGGAUCGGAUCAUUCUCAUCCCAGUUUCCUUUAUCUACCAGAAAACAGUGGAGAUGAGUGUGAAAGCAGUCCUGAAGCUCAAACUGCACAGAAAUGUUUCUACAAUUUUUCUGAGACCUCUGAGAGUGGGAUUUAUCACUGCGCUGUGGCUGCAUGUGGACAGAUAUUAUUUGGAAACGGAGCAAAACUUGGGGAGUGA